CCACAAUCAGUGYUGGGUUCCGAUGACAAGGAGUGCAAUUGUUUGCAUGGAAACCAGAUGUCGAUCGUUUUCAGAUUUAAUAAGCUCGGCCGCGGAACACACUCGAAUCCAAAUAACUUAUGCCUUGCCCGAACGGCAUAAGGUCGRUUAUGAAUCAUUCGAAAAUUUGACUUUAUGAGCCAGRAUCAGAAUCGAAAAUCGAAAAYYUCCAUCAACAGCUGCCCGAUUGUGGAAGAGCAUAUCUUUAGAAAGCGAUAUGUAACAUUUUAUGUUCUCAAGAUAAAAUGCCAGGCUGCCGAGCCAUACCUCUGGGUACCAGCUAAGAACUCAGGACUGCCUUGGCAUACAGAGAACUUUCACUAUUGAUUCGUCAGGAAGUUGYUGAUUCUCUAACAGCCCCUGCAUUUCUACACCAACACGUCUGAGUCCCAUUAYGAGUACGUACGUACUAUACUGCUGGGUUGCUUCACAUAAUUCGCAGGGAACAUGAGGAAGACGGGACAGAGGCACGAUUCUCAUUUUCUUGAAGUUUCACUACGACACUUUCGCUACACAACAGCAAUGCUGUCGUGCUGCCGGUGGAUUGGGUUCGGUGCUUUCCACAGUGUCGCGUUCCUGUUUCGUUGACGCCGUUUCAAGACUGACUUCCAGUGACGACUGCGGAAAACGCGAACAAAAGAGCCGUUGGGUGGAAUGUUUGCUCUCGUGCUCGUACGAGGCGAGUUCUGAUUGGAUCGAUCGCCUUGUGAACUCCAGAGUCGAUCUCGUUCGCGCCAUCAUCUGGUGUUCCCGAUGAAAUACAACAGUGAUGAUUCGCUUUCAAGCAAAAUCGGGAGCAGCCGGAGACAAAAUCUACCCGAGCCGUCUCCAGAGAAUAUCCCAAAAGUGCUCUUAGUAUUCACGGUACGAGUUGCGUACGGGAGCACGAGAAUAAUUCGACGUGGUCGCCACUUCUCCAAACGCCAAAGCUGUAGCGCCUUCUUUCCAGAGUUUGCAAAGAGUUCCAAKGCGUCUCGACACCGAAGAAACGAAAAGACGGAACCAACGUCCGCGGCAUGGACGGGGAUGCUGCGGUUUUUUCCUAGUGAUUGGACGUGAAUUCGCGUCUCGGGUGUUUGUCUCUGCGACUUCUGAUGCCUGAAACAUACCAUCGGGCAUCGACGAUGUGCAAUAGAAUCGAAAGGACUAGGGUAUAUUCGCAAGUUGUUGAAAAAAAGCGAUCGCUUUUGGUCGAACUGGAUUGAUUCUCUGCGUUGGCUGCGCAGGGAUACACAACAGCACUCGCAGCCGCGAUAAUCGUCCAACUAUGCGUCGUCACUAAGAAAUUCCUUGUGGUGUCCCUUGCUACUUUGGUUCGACGGAUCAUAAUGAACAACGAGCUACAAUUACUAGAAUUACUACGAUUCACUCGGAGUUGAAACCAUGACAAGACCUGUUUUACUUGGAGGCCGCACCACUGUUCAAUUCUUGUAGCAACUUGCAUUUUCGUUUUACAAAAGCACUAGACUUUUUUAAUUUGUUGUUUAGGAGAGGAGUCCGACAACAGCUACCAGUAGUGCCAACACGUCAUAGAAGUCUCGCAAAUUUACAACUAG